ACAGUAGUCACAUGGCAUGUAUGCAACAGCUGUGUUUCUUCUCUCCAUCUCCGUCCUCGAUAAAUAACUCCUCACCAUCCCUACUUCCGUCUUUUGACUCUCUCGAGCGUCGUUCGCUCUCUCUCUCUCUCUCUGUUAUAGACACUCUGAUGGUGGAACUGAAACCCUAGAAAAGCCGAGAAACUAUAAUGAGAAGCCUGUGAGGAUUCCACAAACAGUCAAUGGAGUUGCAGAAGCUUUUGUACUUGGUUGCAGCUAUCUCUGUUGUUUUUCUCGCCGGGAAAGCUUCACCGGCGACCAUUAAUGGAGGUGUUAAAGAUGCUCAGUUGUUGCUUUCUUUCAAAGGUACGCUUUUUGAUCCAAGCUUGCUUCAAAGCUGGCAGUCGAGUCGGAAUCCUUGCUAUUUUAGCGGUGUUACAUGUAAGAACUCGAGAGUUUCGUCUCUGAAUCUGAGUUCUAUCCCGUUGAGCUCCGAUUUCAAGUUUGUUGCUUCGUUCCUCUUGAGCUUGGAGCGUUUGGAGACGUUGUCGAUGAAACGUACGAAUCUCACUGGGAACCUGUUGUCGGCUUCGAGUUAUCGGUGUAGUGCGAUGCUGAGUGAGCUGGAUCUGGCCGAGAACGGUUUGUCUGGCUCGGUUUCAGAUAUUUCGAGUCUGUCUUCGUGUUCGAGCUUGAAAUCUCUGAACCUCUCGGGGAAUUCGUUGGGUCCCUCGACUGGAGGGAAGGAUUCCGGCGGUUUACGGUUCAGUUUCCAGUCACUUGAUCUUUCCUUCAAUCAUAUUUCUGGUCAAAACGUUAUCCCCUGGCUAUUGUCUGGCGGUUGUGCCGAGCUCAAGUACUUGUCUUUGGAGGCAAACAAAAUCACGGGGUAUGUCCCGGUAUCUCAGUGCCGGAGUUUGGAGUACCUCGAUCUCUCCGCGAACAAUUUCUCAGGGAGCAUACCCUCUUUCGGCUCUUGUGAAGCACUGCAGCAUCUGGAUCUCUCGGACAAUAAAUUUUCCGGCGACAUAGGAGUUGGGUUGUCGGGCUGUCAGCAGCUGAGCUUCUUGAAUCUAUCCGUCAACCAGUUCUCGGGGAAAAUCCCAUCUUUCCCCAGCGGAAGUUUACAGUAUCUUCUGCUCUCCACUAACGACUUCGAAGGGGAGAUACCUCUGCAUCUGGCCGACGCUUGUUCAACUCUUAUCGUGCUCGAUCUUUCCUCCAACCACUUAUACGGUACGGUUCCUAAUAAUAUCGGUUCUUGUUCUUCAUUGGAAACCAUUAAUCUCUCCAACAACAACUUAUCUGGUGAAUUCCCAACCGAGAUCCUACUCAAGAUGACCAGUUUGAAGAAUCUUGUUCUGUCUUAUAAUAAUUUUAUUGGUGGUUUGCCGGAUUCUCUUUCGUUGCUUACAAAUUUGGAAUUGUUCGAUAUCAGCUCUAAUAAUAUUUCUGGGCCCAUCCCUUCGGGACUGUGUGAAGGUCCCAAUAAGAGCUUAAAGGAGCUGUAUCUUCAGAACAAUCUCUUAACGGGUACUAUUCCGGCAGCUCUCAGUAACUGUUCUCUGCUGGUUUCUCUUGAUCUCAGCUUCAAUUACCUCACAGGGACAAUCCCUUCGAGCUUGGGUUCCCUAUCUCGGCUCCGUGAUCUGCUAAUGUGGAUGAAUCAGCUCCAUGGUAAGAUCCCACCGGAGCUCAUGUACAUAAAAACGCUUGAAAAUCUAAUCCUGGAUAAUAAUGGUUUAACUGGGACUAUUCCUUCUGGUUUAAGCAACUGCACUUCUCUGAAUUGGAUUUCCUUGUCGAGCAAUCAACUGAGUGGUGAGAUCCCAUCGUGGAUUGGUCAGUUGAGCAAUCUAGCAAUCCUCAAACUUGGAAACAAUUCGUUCUCUGGUGCCAUUCCUCCAGAGCUUGGGGACUGCAAGAGCUUGAUAUGGUUGGAUCUCAACGACAAUAAAUUGAGUGGGUCCAUCCCUCCUACCUUAUCAAGGCAAUCUGGAAACAUCGCUGUAGGGUUGGUUGCGGGGAAGAGGUAUGUGUAUCUCAAGAAUGAUGGGACCAGUCAGUGCCGUGGAGCUGGUAACCUCCUCGAGUAUGCUGGAAUCCGUCAAGAAGGGCUGAACAGAAUCCCCACCCGCCAGUCAUGCAACUUUACCAGAAUCUACUUUGGCAACACCCAGUACACGUUCAAUAACAAUGGCUCCAUGAUCUUUCUUGAUCUAUCGUACAAUAUGUUGGAGGGUAGUAUUCCUAAGGAGCUUGGGAACAUGUACUAUCUUUCUAUUUUGAAUUUGGCUCACAAUAAUCUGUCUGGUCCCAUCCCACCAGAGCUUGGAGACUUGAAGAAUGUUGGGGUUCUUGAUCUCUCUCACAAUAAACUCAAUGGAUCAAUUCCCGGAAGCUUAUCUGGCCUUACUCUGCUUUCUGAUAUUGAUCUGUCCUUCAACCAGCUCUCUGGACCAAUUCCUGAAACAGGUCAGUUAGCAACUUUUCCACCUUGGAGAUAUCAGAACAAUACUGGUCUGUGUGGUUUACCUCUCGAACUUUGUGGAGAGAAUAACUCAAAUGCAUCAACCCAGCAUCAGAAGUCUCACCGCAGGCAAGCAUCACUUGCUGGGAGUGUCGCAAUGGGUUUAUUAUUCUCCCUCUUCUGCAUCUUUGGACUGAUUAUUGUUGCUGUUGAGCUCAAGAAGAGAAGAAAGAAGAAGGAUGCAACACUUGACGUCUACAUAGAUAGCAGGUCUCAUUCAGGAACAGCAAAUGUCAGCUGGAAGCUAACAGGUGCACGGGAAGCAUUAAGCAUAAACCUUGCAACCUUUGAGAAGCCCCUUCGGAAGCUCACAUUUGCUGAUCUUCUUGAAGCCACUAAUGGAUUCCACAAUGACAGCCUCAUCGGUUCAGGUGGCUUUGGAGAUGUUUACAAAGCACAACUGAAGGAUGGAACUGUUGUAGCCAUCAAGAAACUAAUCCAUAUUAGUGGACAAGGAGACCGAGAAUUCACAGCCGAAAUGGAGACUAUUGGGAAGAUCAAGCACCGAAACCUUGUACCCCUCCUAGGCUACUGCAAGGUUGGGGAAGAACGUCUCUUGGUCUAUGAAUAUAUGAGGUUUGGCAGCUUAGAAGACAUUCUACAUGAUCGUAAGAAAACUGGAAUCAAGCUGAACUGGGCAGCAAGGAGGAAAAUUGCCAUUGGGGCUGCAAGGGGAUUAGCUUUCCUUCACCACAACUGUAUUCCUCACAUAAUUCACAGGGACAUGAAGUCAAGCAAUGUCCUGCUUGAUGAGAACUUGGAAGCUAGAGUGUCAGAUUUUGGAAUGGCAAGGCUGAUGAGUGCAAUGGACACUCAUCUGAGUGUCAGCACACUUGCAGGCACCCCUGGUUAUGUCCCUCCUGAAUAUUACCAGAGCUUUAGGUGUUCUACAAAAGGUGAUGUCUACAGCUAUGGAGUCGUCCUGCUUGAGCUGCUAACUGGUAAGCAGCCAACCAACUCGUCUGACUUCGGUGACAACAACCUAGUGGGGUGGGUCAAGCAGCAUGCAAAGCUGAAGAUAACUGAUGUUUUCGACCCUGAGCUCAUGAAGGAGGAUCCGACUCUGGAAAUGGAGCUUCUACAACAUCUAAAGAUUGCAUGUGCAUGCCUAGAUGACCGACCGUGGCGACGACCCACCAUGAUACAAGUAAUGGCUAUGUUCAAAGAAAUCCAGGCAGGUUCAGGCAUCGACUCCUCUGCUACCAUUUCCACCGAGGACGCAAGUUUUGGUCCUGUUGCAGUAGCAGACAUGACCAUAAAGGAAGGUUCCGAGCUAAGCAAACACUAGACGAAGUUCAAUUUUCCAAGGAAAAGAAAAAACAUUCUUUGAGAAGAAGGUGAUAAUUUUUAGCCGGCCGCCUCAUUUUUUUUCCCCAGCUUUACCACUUGACUGGUAUAAAAGCCCUGUUUAUGUAUCCCUAUCAAUCAAUCUAUGUAUUAUAUCUCUCUUUCUCUCUCUCCCAAAAUCUUCUUCUUUACACAUGAAAGGCUUUUUUAACCUGUUAUGUGUACAUACACGUAUAAAGACAUAAAGUAGUUAUUGGUGGUUUUAAUUCCAUCUCUCUUUUUCA